UUCGGACUUAAGCGGUGCAAUGGCCGCCCCCGUGCUGCGCUUGGGUUUCCCUGGAAGACGCUGGGCUUUAACGUGGAUAGACGGCGGUUCCCGCCACCGAAGUGGCUCUCAGACUGGGCCCACAUCCAGCUGGGCUAGGAGACAGAGUUCUUUGGCUCAGCCUUCCCUCCACACGGCUCAGAAGCCGAGGAAAGGUGAACACAAAUGGGCAGCUGUAGUAGGAUUGGAAAUUCAUGCUCAGAUUUCCUCCAACUCUAAACUCUUCUCUGGAGCUCAAGUGUGCUUUGCAGCACCUCCAAAUUCUUUGGUUUCUUAUUUUGAUGCAUCUCUACCUGGAACUUUACCGGUUCUCAACAGGAGGUGUGUGGAAGCCGCAGUGAUGACUGGCUUGGCACUGAACUGUCACAUAAACAAGAAGUCCUUGUUUGACAGGAAGCACUACUUCUACUCAGACCUUCCUGCUGGCUACCAGAUCACUCAGCAGAGGCUCCCGAUUGCUACCAAUGGACACUUGACCUACAGUAUCUAUCUAGGAAAGAAACAUAGUCCAGUAACCACCAAGACAGUGAGGAUCAAGCAGAUCCAAUUGGAGCAGGACAGUGGCAAAAGCCUCCAUGAUGACCUGAGGUUGCAGACACUCAUUGAUUUGAACAGAGCUGGAGUUGGCCUUCUGGAAGUGGUCCUGGAGCCUGACCUGUGCUGUGGAGAAGAGGCAGCCCUAGCUGUCCGGGAACUGCAGCUGAUCCUUCAAGCCCUGGGCACUAGCCAUGCCAACAUGGCAGAGGGUCAGCUGAGAGUGGACGCCAAUAUAUCAGUACAUCACCCUGGGGAACCACUGGGUGUCCGGACUGAAGUAAAGAAUCUCAACAGCCUCAGAUUCUUGGCCAAAGCCAUAGACUAUGAAAUUCAGAGACAAGUCACUGAACUUGAGAAUGGAGGUGAAAUUCUGAAUGAAACGCGUUCAUUUGAUUAUAAGCUGGGGUGCACCAUGCCAAUGAGAGACAAGGAGGGAAAGCAAGACUACAGGUUUAUGCCGGAGCCCAACCUGCCUCCCUUAGUGCUCUAUGAUGACACAUCUCUGCCGCCAGGUGCAGACUCUCAGCAGGUGAUCAAUAUUGACCGGCUUCGGGACAUGCUCCCAGAGCUCCCCAGUGCAACCAGAGAAAGGCUUGUCCAGCAGUAUGGGAUGCUGCCAGAGCACAGCUUUGCAUUACUGAAUGAAGUUGGCCUACUGGAGUUCUUCCAGAAUGUGAUAAAAGAAACUAGGGCAGAGCCCAAAAAGGUGACUAACUGGGUCCUGAACACUUUUCUGUGCUAUUUAAAGCAUCAGAAUCUUGCAGUCAGUGAGAGUCCAGUCACACCCUCUGCACUCGCCGAGCUCCUUGACCUGCUGGACAAGAAAGCAAUUUCUUCAUCGGCAGCUAAGCAGGUGUUUGAGGAGCUGUGGAAAGGGGAGGGGAAGACCGCAGCGCAGAUCGUGUCAGAGCAGCAGCUGGAGCUGAUGCAGGAUGUAGAGGCCCUGGAAGAGCUCUGCCAGGCCACCAUAGAUGGACACCCCCAAGUGGUGAUGGAUGUGAAGAAAAGAAACCCCAAAGCUAUAAAUAAGCUGAUUGGCUUGGUCCGGAAAGCGAGCCUAAGCAGAGCAGACCCGACUCUGAUAAAGGAAAUAUUGGAGAGGAAGCUGUCAUUGUGAGACGUGUGGGGUCCCUCUGCCGGAGAGGACAGUGUGGCUCUGGGAAGAGGGGCCUGAGAGGGCUGCCAUUCAUGUGCUGUACACAUUGUAUCUCUUAGUCCCUAGCCAAGCUACACCUCCUAGGAGGCAAUAUUUUACAAGUGUGUAUCCUCUGAGACUCUUAUGACCUGAGAGGCAGCCAUCAUGGAAGACCAGCAGGCAGAGCGCCGGCCUCACUGUCUGGAAACGGCUCCAUUAUGGUGGCAGCAGUGACUAAAGAAAUCAUAAUUCUAUACAGAAUAAAGCUCAUGUCUCCACCUCA